CAAGCGGUGGGUGUGCCCGGCACAUGAACUCUUUGACGCUGCUGCUGCUCUGCUGGGUCGCGGCCCCCUGCGCGGCGAGCUCGCGGCUGCAGUCCGCGGUGGCCAAGAUCAGGAGUGCGUUCGGAUCGCGAGCGGGCGGACCGAGGUUCAACGCAAGCGCGACCGGUGGCGCCCGCCCGCGAUUCAGCGCGACCGGCGCCGGCCGCUGCCCGAAUAGUAAGAACAGCACCCUGCCCGGGUCGAAAUCGAACGAAUGGAGGAUCGGCGGUGGCCGGCUGACGGGCAGCGCAGCCGCACGCACCUACUUCUUUGCGUUCGCCGCCGGCUCCGAGGACGUGCUGCUCGAGCACUUUGUCUCCCACUACUCGGCGCUGGGCAUCAACUUUGCCACCAACUCGCGCCUCGUCCUCCACCUCACGGGCGCGGCCGAGGUAGCCGCGCGCGAGCAGGCGUCGGUGGCGUACUUGCGCGGCAAGUCCAUCCCGUUCCGCAGCUCGCCGCGAUACACGAGCCAGAUCAAGGCGCUGCUCGCCAACGGGUACCUGCGCACGCUGCCCGACGAGGCGCUCCUCAUGUACCCGGACCUGGACGAGUUCUUCGCCCUCCCGUGCCGCGUCGGCGACCUCCUCGCCCGCUCGGAGCGCAAGUUCCUCCUCACCGCAAAGUUCCGCGAGCGGCUGCCGCGCCACUGGGCCUGCGACCCGUUCCCGCGGCUCCAGCCGGCCAGCGUGCGACCGAUCCACGCGCAGUACCCUGUCGCGUGCCCCAUCAUCGCCAGCGGCGCCAGGCGCGGCGUCUUCGGCACCGCGCUCAGCCUGGGCUACCAGAAGAACCUGCUCUUCUCGGUGAGAGACCAGCGAGGGAGGCGCGUGCAGUACCAGAGCUCGCACAGCUGCACGUGCAUCGACGACGCCGCGCCGGACGAGAAGCACGAGUGCGAGCUCCAGGAGUACAGGGUGCCGGACAUCGCCCACUUCCGCUUCACGCACGAGGCGCCGCGCACGAAGGACUAGAUGGUCGCAACUCCUAGCGCACCUCUCCACGCAAGUGAUCUGCUGCUGCUGCUGCUGCUGCUGCUGCUGCUGCUGCUGCUGCUGCUGCUGCUGCUGCUGCUGCUGCUGCUGCUACUGCUGCUGCUGCCACUAGGCGAUCGAGCUGCUCUGGAAGAAGCUCAGCGGGUACAGUGUGACCUACAUCCGCGACCACAAGCGGCACCGUCUCGACGCGAUCGAGCACGCUGGCCUCGCUGCUGCCCACCAGCGAGCUGUGAGUGGCUCCGGGGGGCAGCAGCCCUCCGGGGACGAGCAGCUGGAGAAGGCGGGCAACCACCACCACCACCACCACCACCACCGAGCCAAGGAGAAGGACGACGCGCGCGCCGCGCGGCCAGAGGGUGCCGCUGGCUCCUCGCUGCUCAACCGCUUCGCAAGCGGCGGCAAGGGCAAGAUGAAGAUCGCGAUGCGGGACUACUACACCGAGGCGUCCAUCUUCGCGUGGGCGGACAGCGGCGAGCCGAUCACCGGCAACCCGCAGCCCAAGCGCUCGAACGCGAGCUUCGACAAGAAUCGCGAGCUAGAUCCGAGCAUCUACAAGCUCGCGCUCGACAUCGCACAGGGGAAGACGCGGAGCUGGAACGCUACCAGCGCAGUGCGGCCCGCCGACCUAGAAGCGGAGAGAUAUGGGGGAGAUAUGGGGGAGAUAUGGGGGAGAUGCGUGCUGCGGCCCGCCGACCUAGAAGCGGACUACGCAUUCCUGUCUCCCGAACCAGCGCUCGAGAGUGUGACACGCCUUCCGCUGUACUCGAGACCGUAUUCAGCUGUCAGCACUGCACUCGCAGCCUCUGUACUCACGCGGUGCUCCGAGUACAGUCACGGCACACAGACUAUAGUCGAGCGCGUCGGAGAGGUGUUUCGACACGUUAUGCCGUGCUCCCGCCCCGAGUUGUUGGUGCAUUCAACACGUAGAACCGAUUGUAGGCUCACCGCGUCCGCAGCCCGCCGGAUCGAAGCCCUCUGCCCGCUCCGGCGGGCGCCUGACACGCAUGAUGGCGGAUGCCAGCGAGCAGGAAGCGCGCGCGUGUGAACUUCUCUCUUCUUCCUUGACUGCGACCGCAGACGCCAGACGCGCGCACCGUUUCUUGAGCUCGGGCGCAUUGCCAUUCUCUCACUGUGUGCCGCGUUGUCAUGCCGUUUGUGCGGCUAUUUGGGAGCGAACGAGCUUGAGCCACACCCGUC